AUGGCCAUGAUACUGUCCACCCCGGUGAUGGACAAAUUCAGCCCAGACCAGCUCCCGGGAACCAUUUUCAACUACGGCAACGACUCCUACGGUGACGCAGACUCCUUUUUCAACUUUGACGACGCUUGCGUCGAAGGGCCGGUCCCCGAAGUUGAGGAGAAGACCGCGCAAAACCUAGAGACUGCCAUCGAGGAGGCUAUAAUAACACAGCUCUCUGAGAGCCAAAUCUCGGACGGCUCGCUUUUUGGAGGUAAUGGAAACUCCAACGAUGGGCCCCUACUCAAGUACGAGCAAGAAGAGGCCAAGCCCGCGCAGGCCGCGACGAUCAACCCCAACGUUCUUUUCAUCACACUACCAGGAACACCACCGCCACUCAAGCAGGAGCAGCGCCUACUAACACCUCACACCAACACAGACGCCAUGCCUCUUGUGCUACCGAGCAUAGAGCCGAUAGAGUUGAAGCAAGAAUGCAAGCCAGAGUUCCAGCAGGACCUCCAACAAGGCUUCAAGCAAGAACCUACCCCCUUCGUCGACGACCCGAAGCUCCAGGCCCUCUUCGAGGAAUUCGAAGGCCCCAUCGCCGAAGCCCUCCAACUCCCCACCGCGGCCCCGACUCCGGCCCCAGGAGCAGCACCCUGCGUCGGCACAUCAUGGCCCUCUCCCCCGCCGAGCGUUCCCUGGCCCUGUUUCGACGGUCUCGAGUCCAGUGGUGACACCACAUGGGACUUGAACAACAACCCGGCCGCGGGGCUUGGCAGUGGCGGUGGUGGUGGUGGUGAAGAUCUCUUUGCCUCCCCUCCUCCCCGCGACAUGUUUGCUUACCAACGACCGUGCGGUGACCACCCGUCUUCUGGACUCGGAGACGCCCGCGAAGUCUUUGACCUCGAUACCUUUGACUUUGACGACUCCAAGAGGGAAACGACGUAUGACGGCCUCGAAUCCUACAGCCCUGCCAACGUCCAAGAGGCCCCCAACUUUGAUGGCUUCGACUUCAGCAAUGUCAAACGGGAGCCCGCCUCCUCGACGACUUUCUUUCAUCCUUCACCAAAGACCAUUACCGACGUCUUUACCGCCCCUCCACCGCCGCAAUCUCAACACCAUCUGACCCCGAAUCCCGAGUUCGAUCCUUUGAUCCCAGAUUUGGCACACGUUUCGGCCGGUCAAGUUCCCUUCAGCUACGAUGACGAAUCAGUAAACUUCCUUUAUUCCCUUCCACUGUUCAACCCUCUGACCACUCCACAGUCCAUCCCGCGUAGUGCGCCUGCCACCACUCCCACCCCCGCCGCCGCCACGGCGAGACUGGUGCACCCCAAGCCCAGAUCACCCCCUUUCCCUGCCGACUUCAUCCACCGUCGCAGCCUGUCCAACGCACCGACAGACGUGACACCCUACAAUAUCCUUAACAGACAGGGCUUCUUUGAAGCCGGUACUCCCAAUCCCCCAUCAUACCUGACUCCAGCUCACACUCCAUCCAGAGACCUCACAACCCCCGUCGUGAAUGGAAAAAUUCUCAAGCGUAUCCCCAAGCCCGCCAAGGCCAAGGACGUGGACGCAUCAGACUGGUAUGAGUCACUCCCCGAGGCACCAGCGCCCUGGGGCGGCCACGACCAUACAAAGCCCAUGUUCCAAUACAACAAGGAAGGCGAGCUGCUGCCGAAUCUGCGCUUCACCCGUGAGCAGAUCCUGUACUACAUCAGGGAGCGGAAGCAGCAAGGUCUCCCCCUCACCCUCUGGAUCCAAAACGUCCCCCACGGCUGUAAGACACGAGUGGGCGAUGACAGACUACGCGCGUGCCGCUGGUCAGGCUGCCCGGCCUACAAGGGCACCAUCCUCAAGGGCUUCUGGCGCGUCUGCUUCGACGAGCGACCCGAAACUUCGGGGAAGCAGCACGAUCCGUACCACAACGCGGGCUACAUGCACUUGUGGUGUAUGGACCGCUGCUUCGAUCUCCUCGAAAUUGCCCAAGCAUUCAAUCUGAAGCCCGAUACACGCUACUUUGAGAAGGAAGAGCGCAACCCCAUGGCCAUGACCCGUGAUCACGACGAGCUGGUGAUGGAGUUUGAAGAGUGGCGCACGUCCCAGCAGGCCGCCUACGAAGAAUGGCAAAGGUCGGCAGAGACGAACAAGAUGAUGGGUCUCCCCGUCCAGAACCGCCAGGUCGGCCGAGAAGCCAAGCUGUGGUACGUGCUGACGACCAAGCACCUGGCGCUGGAGACUCCGGUGCGCAGCAACAUGCGGAAGAAGAGAAACGGCAUUUCCAUUGAUAAGCACAAGGGUGACCUUGACUGGUACGUCGAGAGAGUCAACGAGAAAAAGGUAUCCAAAAAGGGACACUCCAUCGUCGAAGAGCGUGAUAGCGCCGACGAAGAAGGCCAAAAGACUCCCGCAAACAGGGUAGCCCGUCCGAGUAUCAUCGAUAAGAGAAAGCGCGAAGAAUACGAGUAUGACGACAAUGACAACGCCGCCUCUCAGCCGCAGACAGCCACUUGGAGCAAACGUGUGAAACAGUCGUGCUAUUCACCCGUUGAAAGACGUUGA